CCUCGUCAUCACCUUUACCAUCGUCUCAAAUUCUGCAAAAAUACCACGGUGUUGAAUUGGACUGGAGGAGGAGGAUAAUGUCGCUCUUUUCUCGCAUUUGGAAAAUCGUUCGUCAUCCAACGGGAUUCGUUGGGAAAGAUCUCGAAGGAAACAUGUUCUUUGAGCGUCCUAACCUAUUGCCAGAGGCGCGUCGGACAAAGAGGACGGUCAAAUAUCGUAAUCCUGGUGAUAUGUGGCUCUAUAUCGGUGGUCCGAAGCGCUUGCCGGUGCAAUGGUCGGCCUGGUUAUCGCAUACAAGACCAGAUCCUCCGACAAUUCAGGAACUGCAAAUUGACCUUGCUCGUCAGGAAAAAGUGCUUCGAAAUGCUGCGUUGAUUGAGACUCGAGACAGGGAAGAACAUCUCAGAAUGUCUUCCGGUCUGGAACCUGGUGCGAUUCCGUCUCAGGCUGCUCAGUCCUCGGAUGCUCGGUUGAGGCAGCCUCAGUCACCAUCAACGCAUGGUGAGACUGAAUCUGCGUCUCCACCAGCUCGGGAAGAGCCUGUCGCCAGGCCUCUACCUACCAUGCUAUCUCAGGAUAAGUAUGAGCCAGAGUCAUGGACUCCCAAAGCCCGUCUUCGAGGGCAAUAAUGGCUAAAGUAGUAGUAGCUACCUUCAAAGCGCAAAGUUAUCACUAUGUAAUGUUAUAAUGAGAAUUAUUACCCA